AAGAAAAAGGGGAGCCAACGUGUGAAUUCCCCCUUUCUUGAAUUUUCAAAUACUUAAUUGGAGAAGCACUAUGUGAAAAUUCCAGUGCAAGUUUUGAGAAACUGCGAAGUAUUCAACUAAGGGCGCGGGAAGAAGAAGAACCAAACAGCCCUGAACGUUCAUUUCCCUUCUAAUGGCCCGUAAUAAGGAAGCGGUAGUGUUGGUAAUUGAUGUGGGUCCUUCCAUGCACUCAGUUUUACCUGAGAUUGAAAAAGUUUGCUCAUUGUUGAUACAGAAGAAGCUGGUUUUCAGCAGAUAUGAUGAAGUGGGGUUUGUCUUGUUUGGAACUGCAGAUACCAAGAAUGAAUUGAAAGAGGAAAUAGGAGGAUAUGAACAUGUGACAGUUCUGCGAAAUAUCAAAGUUGUAGAUGAAGAUCUUGUUGAUGCUCUGGAAAAACUUCCACGAGGAAGUGUUCCUGGAGAUUUUCUUGAUGCGAUUGUUGUUGGUAUGGACAUGCUCAUUAAGAAGUUUGGACAAACCAACAAGGCAAAGAAACGUCUUUGCCUUAUUACAAAUGCUGUUUCUCUCAUCAAAGAUCCAUUUGAAGGAACAAAGGAAGAUCAAGUAAACACCAUUGCUACACAGAUGACAGCACAAGGCAUGAAGAUGGACUGUGUAAUUGUCAGAAUGAAACAAGAUUGGGAAACAAGUAGGAGAAUUAUGGAAGAAAAUGAUUUUCUAAUGUCAGUAUUCUCGAAUAAAUCUUCCUCAAAAGUAGUAUAUGUGGAAAGUCCAACUUCUUUAUUAGGUGCACUUAGAACGCGUAAUAUAUCGCCAGUCACGAUAUACAGAGGUGAUUUUGAAAUUGGUGCCCAAUUGAAGAUCAAGGUAUGGGUUUACAAGAAAACAUCUGAAGAGAAGUUUCCUACCCUGAAAAAGUACUCCGAUAAGGCUCCUUCCACUGAUAAAUUUGCUACUCAUGAAAUCAAGGUUGAUUACGAAUAUAAAAGCAUAGAAGACCCUAAUAAAGUUGUGCCACCAGAACAGAGGAUUAAAGGUUUUCAGUAUGGACCUCAAGUAGUUCCUAUAUCCUCUGCUGAGUUGGAGGCUGUAAAGUUCAAACCAGAGAAAAGUGUGAAGCUACUAGGAUUCACAGAUGCUUCAAACGUAAUGCGGCAUUACUACCUGAAAGAUGUAAAUAUCUUCAUAGCCGAACCUGGCAACAAAAAAGCCAUCCUUGCACUUUCUGCUUUGGCAAGGGCAAUGAAGGAAAUGAACAAAGUAGCAAUUGUCCGAUGUGUAUGGAGGCAAGGACAGGGUAAUGUUGUUGUUGGGGUCCUUACACCAAAUGUCUCUGACAAGGAUAUUACUCCUGAUUCAUUUUACUUCAAUAUUCUUCCCUUUGCUGAGGAUGUUCGGGAGUUUCAGUUUCCUUCUUUCAGCAAUCUGCCUUCAUCAAUGCAGCCAAAUGAAAAGCAACAAGACGCAGCAGAUAAAUUGGUUCAGAUGUUGGAUCUUGCACCACCUGGAAAACAGGAAGUGUUACCACCUGACUUUACACCUAAUCCUGUUCUAGAGCGUUACUACCGCUAUCUUAACCUGAAGUCAAAGCAUCCAGAUGCUGCUGUUCCUCCACUUGAUGAAACCCUCAGAAAGAUAACAGAACCUGAUGUUGAGCUUCUUUCUCGAAACAAGUCCAUCAUAGAGGAACUCCGUAGGUCUUUUGAACUAAAAGAUAAUCCAAAGCUGAAAAAAUCAGCAAGAAGAAUAAAAGAGAGACCUUCAGGAUCAGAUGAGGAAAGAGGAGAGUUCGACAAAGAUGCUGAUGUCAAAGCUAUAGACUCAAUGGAAUACUCAGCCAAAACAGAAGUUGAGAAAGUUGGAGACGUUAAUCCUGUCAAAGACUUUGAGGAGAUGAUGUCUCGAAGAGAUAAUCCAAAAUGGAUUAGUAAGGCCAUUCAGGGUAUGAAAAAUAAGAUCUUUGAUCUUGUGGAGAAUUCUUGUGAAGGAGAUACAUUUCAUAAAGCAUUGCAAUGUUUAGUGGCUCUACGCAAAGGUUGUAUCCUUGAGCAGGAACCAAAGCAGUUCAAUGAUUUCCUGUGCCACCUGUCUAAAUUUUGCCAAGAAAAAGACCUGAGAAGUUUCUGUCUAUAUCUCACAUCUCAUGAAUUCACUUUUAUAACCAAGGCAGAAGCUCCAGACAGUGAAAUUCCAGAACACGAGGCUAGAAGCUUUAUGGUCAAGCCUGAACUUGACUCGCAAAAUAUGAAAUCAGAGGCUAAAGCAGAGGAUGAUAUUAUGAGUAUAUACCUGGGUGGGAAGUAGAAAAGGAAACCUAGAGAUGCAUGUUGUGUGAUGUACAGGCAAUCAGCAUUUUCAGCAAGAAUGACAGUGUAAACUUAAAGAGAUCUUAUUUUUGAGGUUUCUGUUGAAGAUUGAAUCUUAGACCUCAAUCAGCUUCAUUUUGUUACUCCAUCCUCAAGUUGUUUGUUUGGUUGUUCAAAGGCCUUUCUUUUA